AUGAGCUACGAUGCGAUUCCCGAUUUCCUCGCCGAACAGAGAGAAGAAGCCCCGGAGGAGCUCCAAGGUCUCAUAUUGGAGUUCGAAAAUUUCUGGGAGCGGAAGCUCUGGCACCAGCUAACGGAAGCCCUGCUUCAGUUCUUCCGUGACCCCCGAAGCGAGCCACAACGCCUUGCCUUAUACAAAACUUUCGUUUUGAAGUUCGCCGAUAAGAUCAAUCAACUAAAACUUGUGGAGCUUGCUCUCGCUGCCUCCACUCAAUGCCCAUCCCUCCAAGAGAAGCUCCAUUUUCUUGAAGCAUUAGUAAGGAACGUCGAUAAUGAGAACACCCAAGAUGCGCUGGUUUACGCUUCUGUAGCCGUUGCAAGGGUUAAACUAGAGUUGAACGACCGUGAUGGCGCUCGGAAGGACUUGUUGACCUGUGAGAAGGUUCUUGACAGCUUUGCAUCGGUUGAAACGGUUGUUCACGCGGCCUUCUAUGAUGCAAAUGCAACAUAUUUUCAGAUGAUUGCCGAUUUUGCCGCUUACUAUCGCAACACCCUGUUAUAUCUCGCUUCGCUCGUCUCGGAAAGCAUUUACAACUUUGGCGAGCUCCUUCUCCACCCAAUCCUUGAUGUCCUUGUACGUUCUAAGGAGUAUCCUUGGCUACGGGAGUUACUGUUCGCCUUUAAUCGAGGAGAUCUUGAUGGUUUCGAUCGACUUUCCAACCACGUUGAAGGGAAUGAACUUCUUCAUCAGCAUUCUGCCAGUCUUCGUCAAAAGAUUCACCUAGCAGCCCUCACCGAGGCUAUUUUCCAGCGACCUCCCCACGAUAGAUCCAUUUCCUUUAAGGAUAUCGCUAUAUCAACCAAGUUUAGACUCCUGCGGGGCACGAUCGACCAAGUUGACCAAAUGGCACACAUCACUUGGGUUCAGCCAAAGGUUCUCGAUAUGAAGCAAAUUGGCAACAUGCGGCUACGACUACUUGAAUGGGACGCAAGCGUCAAUGAAUUGGGCCACUAUAUUGAGAAUACAGGGAAGGAUGUGUGGGCCGCGUAG